AUGUUGAAGUCACCAAAGAUUUUAGCCAAGAAGACGAUGAUCGCCAAGAUCUUGUCGAGCCGCAACAAAUGGGCUAUCUGCGAUCGUACUCUCUACCCAAUCUACUAUCUUCUUCUCAUUCUUGGCUUGAAUCAGUCAAUCCGUCCAAACAAUUCUUUGCUCUUCCGCAUCUACAGUUGGCUUGUGUUUUGCCUUUUGCUCUUUACCACCGUCCGUAAAUUUAAUCAAAUUGGUGUCCGUCCAAAUGGAACUCGUGAAACCAUGCAAGAGUUUUUCGCCAACCCACGAUCGUUGAUCACACUUUGCAAUGCAUUGAUAAUGAUGAGUGGACUUCUUGCAUCUCUCCAGCUUUACACCCUCGGAGCAAAGAGACUCAAGCCGUUGAAGAUUUUAUGUCAAUUUUCGUUGAAUGUCCGUUCGAAGGAAGCUGAACGCCGCCAAUUCAUCAUUAACACUUUUCUGGCAGUGCUCAGUGGUGUUUUGGCUCUCACUAUGGCUGCUACCUAUGCUUUGUCAAAAUGGGGUUAUAUUUUGUACAUUGUCGGAACUCCUAAUCUGGAUACUGAAACCAUUUUCUGUGUUCUCUUGGACUCUUACGCGGUAAUUAUUCCAGACCCCCUUAUCCUUGCUACAUUUGAAAUUCAGCUUUUCGUAUCCCGUGCCGCAAUUUCUGCUCUUGCCAUACUGUUCUACCAACACUGUUCCGUUAUUCGCCGUUCCAUCAAACACCUCAUCAAUGAAAUGGUUCCAGCCGAGCAAGAUGAAUGUCCAUUACCAGAUGCCUCUCUCCAAAAGAUUCACGAUUGCCAAAUCAGCUACCAACGCAUCUUCAAUGGAAAAGCCGUUAUUGAGGAGUACUACUCUUUCGUUUUGUUCUACUCGUAUGGUGUCUGCAUUCCAAUCUUCUGUUUCUUGAUGUUUGUUGUGAUGAGCUCCCAAUCGAUUUGCUGGUCAGAGGUUGUUUCAAUCGUCAUCUGGAUCAUCAACGCUAUUCUUGUCCUCCUUCUUUUCAGUCUUCCAGCGUUCAUGAUUCAUGAAGAUGGUGAUCGUCUUGUUGCUUCCUCGUUCCGCAUGUACCACGAAACUUUCCAUGAGGAGCGAGACUUGACUGUUCUCUCACAAAUGACAUUCUUCACAUUCCAAAUCCACUCGACCAAACUCACUCUCUCCGCUUGCAACUAUUUCUACAUGGAUCGCUCGAUUCUUCUCUCGCUCUUCUCUGCAAUUCUCACCUACUUUCUCAUCCUUUGGGAAUUCGAUAUUAAGAACAAGACAAUUGGUGGCGGCGAUAUCGGAAACCACACGCUUCUCCCAUAA